CAUGAGUCUCUUAAGAACUUGAGCUUGUGCAAGACCUCAAAGGGAGGCUGCUGCAAAUCAGGCUGUGAUGAUGAAGAGGACUGGUGCAUGGUUCGCGAAGAUGACUUGGGUGAAACUGAGACUAAGAAAAUUGUACUGAAAGAUGGCAAAAUCUGGUACAGACCUAGACUGCUUAAGGAUGUCUACCAAAUUCUUGGAGAAAACCUGGAAUCAUACAUGCUGGUCGGUGGUAAUACUGCCAAAGGAGCAUUUUUGAUUGCUGAAUACCCUAACGCUUUGAUUGACAUCACUGCUGUCCAAGAAUUGAGGACCAACGAAUUGGACCAGAACCUUGUUGUUGGUGCUGGACUCACCCUGACAGAGUUCAUGGAUAUCCUCAAGGAAGGCUCCAAAGUAGAAAACUUCAGCUAUUUCGAGAAACUGUACAACCACAUCGAAUUGGUGGCCCACAUUCCCAUUAGGAACGUCGGUACUAUUGGAGGAAACUUGAUGAUCAAGCACACAUACACUGUGUUCCAGUCUGACAUUUUCCUGCUGUUAGAUACCGUUGGAGCCCAAUUGACAAUCAGUGACUACAAAGGUAAACAAGAAGUAGUAACCAUGCAACACUUCUUGACAAUUGAUAUGAAAGGAAAAGUGAUCAUCAAUAUCAUGCUUCCUCCCUGAACAACACCUACAAACUUUACACUUACAAGCUCAUGCCUAGAGCUCAAAGUGCUCACGCGAUCGUGAACUGUGGAUUCCUCUACAAACUGAACUGCAAAAAUAUAGUUUGAAGACGCCAGGAUUACGUACGGAGCUCUUUCCACGAAGUUCACCAGGGCUCCAGCUACCGAGAAAUAUCUAGUUGGAAAGCCUUUGUUCACUAACGAUACCCCUGCAAGGAGCUCUCAGGGUU